UUGAAUAUACGACAUAUAGAUUCUCCAAAAUAUGUUUUCUUUCAUUAAACUUUUCGCGUUUUGUAGUUUGACUCAAAGUUUAAUUGGGUUUUCAUUGCUGUCGGGCCAAAACAAUGGAAGCCUGUCACGAGAAUUUGUGACUGAUAAUGAUUCUAGAGAUACGGAUAUUUUACGUCACCUUCUUAAUCAAGAAAGCAUUAUCCGGAUGUCUUUAACGAAUACUGUUCAAACCCUGACGAGUAAUUUUCAGUCCCUAAUGAAAGACAUGCUGACUUUGAAGGAGUCCAUGGGAUUAAAAAUAUCUCAGUUGGAGGCAAAAGUAGAGCACCUCAAUACAGAAAACAAACAACUCGCUUCUGAGUUACAGGCGACGAAGACGGAGGAAAGAAAUUUGUCCUCGACAGUUGCCAUUCUUCAGACAUCUCUGUCAAAUAUUUCAAGUUUUUUAAGCGGCAAAUCAAAGGAGGUAGGUUUCACCGCCUCAGUGACUUCCAGCGACUCAACGUGGAACAGCGGAACCCUGGUUUUUCCCUCUGUCAUGACUAAUAAAGGAAAUGGAUACAACCUAAGUACCGGAAUAUUUACAGCUCCUACAGCUGGGAUAUACGUCUUCUUUGUGAAUGUUCAGAGUUAUAAUACACAAACAAUUUAUGUAGACAUUGUUUUGAAUGGAUCAGCAAAAGUCAGGACUAUGGCAUGGAGUAAUGGAAAUGAUUCUUACGACUCGGGACCCAAUAUGGUUGUGCUCUCUAUCCAGAAGGGGGAUGCAGUAUGGGUCAAGCGUCACUCUGGUAAAGGUUACUACAGCAAUCCUGGGGCAGUAACCACUUUCUCCGGUUUCCUUUUGUAAUAUUUUUUGUUACAAGGUUACUGUGCAUAAAAUACAUUUAACGUUGAUGAUCUGUGUUUUGUAUAUGAAUGAUUUUGUCACCGUUGCCUGAAAGUAGGCAUCACUUC